AGCCUCGGGAGGUCUGAAGGGAUUAUAUAUACUAAUAUAAAAAAGACGGGACGGAUAAGAGCAGUGGCUUGGGGUUUGAAGGAGCUGAGCGGCGCGAGGAAGAGCGAGCGGAGCGGAGUGAGAGAGCGAAUUAGGGUUUUGAUAAUCGGAAUCAAGAAGGAAGAAUCGUCUUGUGUGAGCGAUUCGUUUAUAGAGAGAGGUGUGGUGAGAUCGCGAGAGCGAGUUGAGUGUAUAUCCUACGAUUUCCACUCUCCGCUAAUCAAUUUGUCAGACAAGUUUUCGUUACCAUGUCGGAGAAGAAGCUUGUGGUUUUAGGCAUCCCAUGGGACGUGGAUACAGAAGGUCUAAGGGAAUAUAUGAUCAAAUAUGGAGAUUUAGAGGAUUGUAUUGUGAUGAAGGAACGUGCUACUGGUCGUUCUCGUGGAUUCGGCUAUGUCACAUUUGCUACAGUUGAGGAUGCUAAGAAUGCAUUGUCUAAGGAGCACUUUCUUGGAAACAGAAUGCUAGAAGUGAAAGUGGCGACACCGAAGGAGGAGAUGAGGGCUCCUGCAAAGAAAGUGACCAGGAUUUUCGUUGCUAGGAUUCCUCCGUCUGUGUCUGAAGCUACUUUCAGAGGUUAUUUUGAGAAGUACGGUGAAAUAACAGAUCUGUACAUGCCAAAGGAUCCAUCUACCAAGGGACAUCGUGGAAUUGGGUUUAUUACUUUUGCAAAUGCUGAAUCAGUUGAUGAUCUGAUGAGUGACACCCAUGAACUGGGAGGUUCCACAAUUGUGGUGGACCGAGCAACACCCAAGGAAGAAGAUUUCAGACCUGUUAGUCGGAUGUCUCAGAGUGGAGGAGGAUAUGGUGCAUAUAAUGCAUAUAUGAGUGCAACUACUAGAUAUGGUGCGCUUGGUGCUCCUACCUUAUAUGAUCAUCCUAGUUCUAUGUAUGGAAGAGGUGGAGGUGGAGGUGGAGGUGGAGGUGGAGGAUUUCCAUCUCGUGGUGGCUUGGGCCAGAAGAUCUUUGUUGGUCGACUACCUCAAGAGGCAACAACUGAAGAUCUUCGCCAGUAUUUUGGUAGAUUUGGCCGUGUUUUAGAUGUGUAUGUCCCAAAGGAUCCAAGAAGACCAGGGCAUAGAGGGUUUGGUUUUGUUACAUUUGCUGAUGAUGGUGUUGCAGAUCGUGUUUCUCGAAGGCCUCAUGAGAUAUGUGGACAUCAGGUUGCAAUUGAUUCUGCUACUCCUCUUGAUGAUGCUGGUCCAAGUAACAAUUACAUGAUGGAUCCUCCUCCUCCUGCUCCUGAAGCAUAUGGGGGAUAUGGUGGUCCUAUGCGUACUUAUGGAAGGAUGUAUGGGGGCCUAGAUUAUGAUGAUUGGGGUUACGGCCUGGGUGGUGGGAGACCUUCAAGAUCAGAUAUGAGAUACAGGCCCUACUAGCUGGCCUGGUUGGAUAGGAGGCGGUCAAGAUCAGAUAUGAGAUUCAGGCCCUAGUAGCUUUGUGUUGCAGGAGGUCAGAGGCUGUCUGAAUUUCCAAUGGGUGACAACAAUAGAUAUGUCAUAUUUAUAUCAGUUUAUUAUUAGGUGGACAUCAUAAUACAUGUGCUACUAAUACUUAAGUAAUUGAAAAAGCAGUGCUGAUGGAUUGUGCAAUUCACUUCAUACUUGAUCCUUUGUAUUAAAUGUAUUGAAGAAACAAAGAAUGGGUGCUAAUUCCAUAUCCAGGAGUAGAAACAUAGUUGGUAGUGAAGCAAUAUAGCAAAUUAUGUUUUAUACCUAAAGUGAGUUUUCCUGGAAAUCCGUUCUGAGA